ACCUGACUCUCAAUCGCCAGGCGAACAGAGAAAAACCGGGCCCUGACAACUCGGCCCAGCAAGACGGUCACGUACCGACGGCGCCCCGCACCGAAGCAUUCUGGGACUUGUAGUCCAUAUAAGAUGGCGCCUGCCGAGAAACAUGAAUCAGAAAUGAGCGGAAAGACUACUAUUGCCAUGAUUCAUUGGGUUGGUGAUGCGCUCCUGUGUUUUUAACCUGAGUGCCCCUAUGUGGGCUCACCUAAAGGACGUUAUCGACCCGAUCUUAACAGCUUAACGAUCGCUUCUGUUUGUGUACUUAUUAAUCAGCAAUGGUUCCUUGUCGGUAGAAAUGUAAGGUGAAGAAUUGUAAUAAUAAAUAUACAUUACGAGGAAUGAGGGGCUGACCUUUUAGCUCGUCAAAGAAUGUAUAUUAGAAAUGUCAGAUUGCAUUCGAGGUUUUUAUUUUAAAGGUGACGGGCAGAUAAUUUAUUCUGGUUUUCGUCAAUCGAGAUGGCAACUGAUAAAAGUACAGUCAGUCUGGAAGACACUAAAUGUGAUUGUGUUAUGAGAGAGCCGGUUCUACGGGCCCACAACGAGAUACUCGAGUCUACUGCUGAAAACAAAGUGCAAAUGAUUAAAGGUGGUCUGUUCCUUGGGUCGGUAGGCACAGCUGGGAUGCUAGCAGGUUUUGGCACAACUCUUGCAAUAGCAAAAAAGAAAAAUCCUGGAUGGUUCAAUAAGGGAGUUAAUGCAACUAUUGCUGUUCCUGAGAGUGGGGCAUUACUGGCCUUGAGAGCCCUAGGCUGGGGUUCUCUUUAUGCUUGGUGUGGGGUUGGUUUGCUUAGUCUUACAAUCUGGAAGACUUUAGGAGUACACAGUCUGACAGAAUUCCGAGAAAAGAUGCAAUCAAUGUUUCCUGAAAUUCCAAAAAGCACAGAGGUAUCACCGGGUGCUGAGCAACUCAGUUUGGAAAAUCUGUUCAAAUCAAAGUAGUUUGGCACUGAUUAGUGUGCAUAUGUAAAAAGAAAACAAAAAUAAACAUGCAACUUUUAUACA